AUGAAGCUCAACGGUGCUCGAAGUCGGCAGGUCUUCGUCGCGCUAUCGUUGCUGUGCAGCGUUGAAGCCGCCGCAACACGGCAGAACUCAAGCACGAGUGGCAGCGGAAGCGAUAACGUUGAAUUCUUGCUCGUCGGUAAUGGAUCCGGGAGUCAAUGGCAGACAGUAGCACCAGACACGGAGGAGAUUCGCUUCCCCAAUGACUCAAAGACUGGGAGUGGCGACGUGGUGGUGAGAACUGAAGCAACAUCGAGUGAAGGGAGUGGAGACCUGGGGAUCAUUGUCUCUCCUGUGGUGACAGCUCCUUUGCUAGUGCUGAAAGAGAUGGAGGCAACGUCGGCCGUACCGUCUAGUGGAUCUAAGACAAAGAAGGUUUCAGCCAAUAAUUCAAUUUCUCAUGGUGUUUCAGGAUCGAAUGGGGACGCUUCGCGAUCGAUGGAACCAGUGGAGGAGCUGCAUGGCGUCCCAUCGAACCCCAGCCUUGUAAAUGCUGUGGCUUUUGACGGCCGUGCUGCAGUGACGUGGAAGGCCCCAGACGAUGACGGAUUGGAUCCUAUUGUGGCAUACGAAGUGGGAUGGUUUGAUGAGGAAGACAACGUGUUGAUUGGUACUCAGAGAGUUGCGUCAUCUUCAGUGAAUUUAGUUGGUCAUGUUGGAGCAAAUGCGAGUGCUUCGACUGCUCUAGCGGUAUCGGUGCCAGCAUCUACUGUCGUGGAGCCACUGGUAAAUGGCCGCUCCUACACGUUCAAGGUUCGUGCUCAAAAUGUGAAUGGCUAUUCAGUAUGGUCGGCUAAGUCUCUUGCAGUGAGCCCGCUUCAUCCUCCUGAUCUCUGUGAGAGACUCUCAUGUUCAGGUCAUGGCACCUGCUUCCCGAACUACCAUAACGAUAAACCUGGGAAAUUGGAGAAAAACCGGCAAACACGUCUAUUGACUAGGAAAGACAGCAGUACUGCCAUUGACGAGUACUCGUUGGACGCUGUGUGUAUCUGUCGUCCAGGCUAUAGCCCUCCUGACUGCAGCGCCAAAAGUAACGAUGAGUCGGCUCAGUAUGUAUGGCAAGUCACAGAAUGGAGCGAGUGCGAUAGUGGUUGCGGAGGCGGAAGGCGGUCACGUGGGGCUGUGUGCUACGAUACUGGUACUAACCAAAACGCACCGUCGGAAGACUUCUGUACGGAUCCGAAGCCGUCGAUCACCGACAUUUGCAACGGAAUUGAGUGUGGUUCGAAGCGCGUUGUCGUGCAGUACGAGGUUGAAAUGAGUUAUGAGGAAGUACUUUUCUCGCCCACAGCACGAGAAGCAUUUGAGCAUGCUUUCACCACAGAGGUGGCGUCUGCACUGCAAAUUGCACACUCGCGAUUAGAAAUCACAGCACUCGAGCACGGCAGCAUUGUAGUCUUUUUCCAGAUCCUGCCAGCGUCUCGUGUCGGGGAGAAGUCCCUUAACGACAUCGUCGAAAACCUGCAAAAUCAGCUAAGGAACGAGACGAGCACAUUACGAUCUAUGGGAACGUUCGCACGACGUAUUGAAGCGAAUGGUGCAAAGCUUAGUUUUUCAAUUGCAGAUCAAACUGUGGCAGGCGGUGCCGAAGACAUUUCUGUCGCUGGACUCAUUGGAACCAUGCUCGUGCUUGCCUUUUUCGUAUCGAUGUUUGGUUGGUUCCUUCGUCGCCGUCACUAUCGACUUCUGAAGGAUAUUGAUGAUCGAAAAGACAACGCACACGCCCCAGAUAUGGAAGCCACUAGUGGCGGCAUGAAGCGCAUGCAUAUUAGGAGUACCGACAGGACAUAA